AGAUUUUCCUUUCCAUUUCUUUUUUUCGUAGUAAUGGCACCCAAAAAGCCUGCCGAGAAAUCCGCCAAACCCGGCGACAAGAAGCCAGAGAAGAAGCCAGCGGCAACUUCAGCAGCUGGCUCUGCUUCAACUGCAAAACCUGCUGCUGCCAAGAAAGCUGCACCCGCCAAGAAGCCCGCUGCUGCCCCAGCUGGUGGUGUCAAGAAGCCUGUAGCUAAGAAAGCAGCGCCUGCCAAAAAGCUCGCCACCAAGCUCAAGCCAAAGGCUAAGGAUGCUAAGAAGAAGGCUGCCGCUGGCAAGAAGCCACAGUCACUCUUGGCUAAAUUGUCGGCGAAGGCUCGCGCCGCUGCUAAGGGCAAGAAAGUCGCCGCUAAGCCCGGUGCUAAAGUGCAAAAAGGUACAGCAAAGGCUAAGGCUGUUGCUUUAUUGAAGGCCAAGAAAGUGCAAACUAAGAUUGUGAAGGGUGCUUUUGGUACACGCACACGCAAGGUGCGCACCAACGUGCACUUCCGUCGGCCAAAGACUCUGGUGUUGCCACGCCGUCCUAAAUACCCAAGGAAGUCGGUGCCAACCAGAAAUCGCAUGGAUGCUUACAACAUCAUCAAAUACCCAUUGACUACUGAAGCAGCCAUGAAGAAGAUUGAAGAUAAUAACACGUUAGUGUUCUUGACCCACUUGCGUGCUAACAAGAACCACGUACGUGCUGCUGUGCGUAAACUUUAUGACAUUAAGGUAGCCAAGGUCAAUAUUUUGGUGAGACCUGAUGGUCAAAAGAAGGCCUACGUUCGCUUGGCGCGCGACUACGAUGCACUGGAUAUUUGCGCGUUUUUCGUUUCUUUUACGUAUAGAAUUUUUCAAAGAAAAAUAGACAUUAAAAACCGGAUAAAAGUAAUUUUUAUCUAAAA